AACUGCUUUCUUCCAGAAAUGAAAGAUGUGUGCAAUAUAUGACUGAUUUUUGUCCUAUGGACAGUCCUAUUGACAGUCACCUCAGCUCUAGAUCUCUGCAGUUCAUCCAGAGAGAUUACGGGCCUCGUGGCUGCAUCUCUGUUCAACAACAAAGGAGCAUGAAGGAAAUUAAAAACUGACUACUGUUAAAUGACAAGAAUUCAAUGUUAAAUCUAAAAAGGGACAAUAUGGAAGAACAAAAGCAACACCAAGUAGUUAAAGAUGAGAGACAACUUUGGAGACAUACACAAAGAGAGAGAAGAAGAAACCAAUAUUUGAAGACAAGAAUGAGGUCCAACCAGCAGGAAGUAACACCAGAAGAAAUCAGAGAAAUGUUGCAUGUGUUUAGAGAAGAAACAUUAAAUUGCAGAAAUCACUUUAAUGAAGAAAAGACCCAAACAAAAUGGAUGGGUUUUCAGGCCCAGAAGAGGAGAAAACAGCUUGACAUGAAGCUGGAGAAAAUUACUAGAGAAGGUGAUGAGUUGGAAAUUCUGAAGAAGAAACUGGAUCAACAAAGACAAAAGAAUGAGAAAAAUGUGAAAGAUAUAAUAACUGUAGUUUUAACAACAGAAAAACUUAAAGCUAACAUUGAAAAAUCCGCUGAAGAUGUAAAAAGUGCAAACGAGGAAAUGCUGAAACUCCAAAAUAAGAUGAGAGAGAGUAAUAGACAAGUCAAAGCAUAUAUGGCCAGGCUGGCUCACCUAAAGGACCGGAUCAACACAUGGACAUUGACGCUGCCUUCAAUUGCUUUAGAACUUCAGAAGGAAAAACAUGGAGACACUUGGGAAGAAGUAAGAACAGAAAUUCUGACUGGCAAAGCAAAAGAGACAGCGACCGAUGGCAAAAUGUCAAUUCAUGUUGAUCAGACAGAAUUAUUUACGAAAGAAACACAUGUGAUGGAAAAACAGAUAGACAAAUUAAAAGAGCAGGAAGAAUGUUUAAAGGUGCAACUAAAAUCAGAUAUUAAAAAAGUUCAGGAUAUGAGUGAAGAGAUGAAAAGUAUCCUCACACAAGUAGAUGAAAAACAGUAUCAGAAACCACUUAAUCCAAAUAUAGUCAAAGACAGAAGAACUAAAGAAAUACAACAAAGGGGUUAUUUGGGGGAGGGGACCGAUGUGUUCAUGAGUAAACUUAUUCAGUCUGGCAUGGACUAUCGGGCAAAAACUGCUAACAUUGAACAAAAAACUCAGACGAAGAGGAUAGAUUUUAUGAUGCAAGACCUAAAAAAAGAGGCCCAGCCAUUUACUGGGGAGAGAAACGUAUGUAGUGAGGGAAAUUAUAUUCAAGAUACUGAUAAAGAAAUGCUCCAGCAAGAGAUUUAUAAAACACAAGCAAUUAUUAAAAUGAUAAAACCAGAAUUUUGUGAGAAGCAUGAAGAAUUUCAAACGACUGAAGAUCUCCUAAAAACUGAAAGUGGAAUCAAAGGGCUACUGCAAGACAUCAAACUAUUUCAGAAGCUUUUAAUUUUAGUUAAGCCUGAACUGAAGCAGAACAAAAUGAACCUGAAUGAAGAUAUAAGCAUUCCCAAAAUUACAAUGAUAAAAAGGAGAAGACAACUGGAUUAUAGGCUAGAGAGAGUCUUAAGAGAGAGAGAUGAAUUAGAAAUUCUAAAACUACAAAUCCAGAGAAAAUCUGAAGGGACUCACCAACAGCUGGAAAUUAUGCAAAAAUGCCAAAAUAAUAUCAGAGAAAUAGCUGGUAAGGCAAGGGAGAAGAGCAAAGCAAUAAAAUCUUAUAUGGAGGAGGCUUACGUAAACGUGGGAGUACUCAAAGACCAGGAGAAAAAAAUUGAAGCUACAAAACACCAAUUCGAAAAAAUCAACAUUUUGAUCUCUAAGUAUAAGGCUGAGACUGAACAUUUAAAGAUUAAACUUGGACAUGGAAAGGAAACAGAUUCUUCAUUUAAAAGAGAAAAUAUAAGCAAAGGGGAAUCUGACAAAAGGGAAAGUUUAGAAAGAGACAAACCCUUAAAAAGCAAAAAGGCGACAUUUGCGGAGGAAACAUUCCAUAAGACCUUCAUACCACAUCAAGAAAAAUUGAGAGAAAAAAUCAAACUCACAAUAAAUAGGCCUGGUUAUGGAAGCUAUGAAAGAGAGGAACAAAAUCUAGAUUCAAGUGAGCUGAAACAGGAGACAUUAAGAAUAGUAACUGAGACAUUGAAACAUGAGGCUGAAGCUGAGGGACAGAAUGAAAAACAGUCACAAAUGAAAACUGAAGAUAAGAGAUUUAUUUUGAGUGAGACAAAUAAACAUUACAAACAAGGUAGGAAUGGUGGCCAUUUGGCCAUGGCAGACAUACGAGAAAUGGAAGUGCUAAAUUCAGAGCUGGAAAGUAAAAGAAAAGAAAAUAGGGAUAUUUUAAAACAAAUUGUAAGAAAAGAAGAAAAGAAUAAAAUAAUUAUAAAUGAAAUAAGAGAAGCAAAUAAAUCAUUCAAAAGAGAGGUGCACAGGAGAAGAAGGGUAAUGGAUCAAAAAUUGGAAAACAUAAGAAGAGAGAAAGAUGCACUGGAGAUUUUGCGAUUGAAAUGCAAACAACCUAAAGAGGAGCUGGUCCAUGAGAAGAGGAGUACUACAGACCUCACCAUUGGUUCUGAUCUGGACAUAGAGAAAGAAAAGAUAGUCAAAGAUAAACUGGACCUGGAGUUAAUAAGGUACGACCUGCAUAAAGAAACUGAAGCAUUAGAACAAGAUAAACAACAUAUUAAAGAGCAAAGACAAAACAUGGAAAGCAAAAUGGUGGAAUUACAAAGGAAGAUAGAAGAAACCAACAAUCUCUUUGAUGCAAAUAACAGAGAAAAAUCCAAAAUUAAAGAUCUUAACUUUCGCCUCAAAACUCAAGGAAAUAAACUGAAGGAUCUCAUGAAUGCCUUGGCUUUACGGGUACAACAACAACAAGGCAAGGGCCAAGAAAUGUACACUCAAGCACAAAAUCUAGAGCUAAUCAAAGAGAUGUUAAAGAAAAAAACAGAAGAGCUGAAGAAUUUGAUGAAAACUGCUAACGAGAUGAAAGAAAAGGUUCAAGCUUCCCUUAGCAAUAUCCAGACUGACAAAGAAAUCAUGAUUUCCAUCAAGAAAGACAUUGAGAAAGACAGAGCAACACUGUCAACUGAACAGGAUUGCUUUGAAAGAGAGUUGAGAGAGUUAAAAUCAGGACAAGAUCAACCUCUGAUUGAAAUGAAGUCAACAGCAAACUUUAGACAAAUGUGUCAAGAAGUUAAAGAAAAAGUGUGUGAGUACACCAAAGUUAGAAUGGGAAAAUUACAAAAGGGUCAUGAAGAUGCACAGCUGCUGGGUUUGUCACUGGAGAAAAAACUAUCAACUGUUGGUGAACAGAUGACAAAAAUAUUGCAUUAUAAAGAAAUAUUGGAAAAGGAAAAGAUCAAUCUGACAUCCUUCAUUUCCUCUAUGGGUAAUCAAAGAGAAAUGAUGGAACAACAGUGGAAGCAAAUGGUUGACUUGGAUAAAAAGGAUCUAAAGAAAAUGAAGGCAGACUUAGAUGAGGACAGACAGAGUCUGGAAAGAGUAACUGACCAAAUAGACCAAGAUAAAGCUAGCUUAGAAUUGAUGAUGUCUGACAUAGAGAAACAACAGAAAAUGUUACAAAUACAGAAUAAUAAUUUGGAAGAAGAAAGGAAGAGGAUAAACAUGACAAAGACUGAACUAGCCCAAAAGGAAGAGGACGCUAACAGCUGUUUGGCCGAGAUCAACAAAGAGAAAAUCAAACUGAAAAAUGUGUCUGUUUCAGUCCAAAGACAAUAUAUAAAACUUCAAGAUAUGAUCAACAUCACUGCCCUAAAACAGCAAGAAAAACAGCUACAGCAAAGCACUAAAGGUGUGGAAAAACUCUAUAUUGAUUUGGGACUAAAGCUUGUUGGCCUUAAUGAACAGAAGGAACAUGUAGCUGCUUAUAAAGAGAUGGUUAAAAGAGAAAGGGACAAUCUAAAAACUGUCUUUUAUGAUACAGUAAAGCAAAGAGGAGAAAUGGAAAAGCAAUGGAAUCAAAGGAUUAAAUCUGAAAAACAGACAGUAAUUAAUCUUGAAACAAUGCUGGAAAAGCAAAAACAGGAUCUGGACAUAGAGAAAGAAAAGAUAGUCAAAGAUAAACUGGACCUGGAGUUAAUAAGGUACGACCUGCAUAAAGAAACUGAAGCAUUAGAACAAGAUAAACAACAUAUUAAAGAGCAAAGACAAAACAUGGAAAGCAAAAUGGUGGAAUUACAAAGGAAGAUAGAAGAAACCAACAAUCUCUUUGAUGCAAAUAACAGAGAAAAAUCCAAAAUUAAAGAUCUUAACUUUCGCCUCAAAACUCAAGGAAAUAAACUGAAGGAUCUCAUGAAUGCCUUGGCUUUACGGGUACAACAACAACAAGGCAAGGGCCAAGAAAUGUACACUCAAGCACAAAAUCUAGAGCUAAUCAAAGAGAUGUUAAAGAAAAAAACAGAAGAGCUGAAGAAUUUGAUGAAAACUGCUAACGAGAUGAAAGAAAAGGUUCAAGCUUCCCUUAGCAAUAUCCAGACUGACAAAGAAAUCAUGAUUUCCAUCAAGAAAGACAUUGAGAAAGACAGAGCAACACUGUCAACUGAACAGGAUUGCUUUGAAAGAGAGUUGAGAGAGUUCAAAAUGAGACAAGAUCAACCUCUGAUUGAAAUGAAGUCAACAGCAAACUUUAGACAAAUGUGUCAAGAAGUUAAAGAAAAAGUGUGUGAGUACACCAAAGUUAGAAUGGGAAAAUUACAAAAGGGUCAUGAAGAUGCACAGCUGCUGGGUUUGUCACUGGAGAAAAAACUAUCAACUGUUGGUGAACAGAUGACAAAAAUAUUGCAUUAUAAAGAAAUAUUGGAAAAGGAAAAGAUCAAUCUGACAUCCUUCAUUUCCUCUAUGGGUAAUCAAAGAGAAAUUAUGGAACAACAGUGGAAGCAAAUGGUUGCCUUGGAUAAAAAGGAUCUAAAGAAAAUGAAGGCAGACUUAGAUGAGGACAGACAGAGUCUGGAAAGAGUAACUGACCAAAUAGACCAAGAUAAAGCUAGCUUAGAACUGAUGAUGUCUGACAUAGAGAAACAACAGAAAAUGUUACAAAUACAGAAUAAUAAUUUGGAAGAAGAAAGGAAGAGGAUAAACAUGACAAAGACUGAACUAGCCCAAAAGGAAGAGGAUGCUAACAGCUGUUUGGCCGAGAUCAACAAAGAGAAAAUCAAACUGAAAAAUGUGUCUGUUUCAGUCCAAAGACAAUAUAUAAAACUUCAAGAUAUGAUCAACAUCACUGCCCUAAAACAGCAAGAAAAACAGCUACAGCAAAGCACUAAAGGUGUGGAAAAACUCUAUAUUGAUUUGGGACUAAAGUUUGUUGGCCUUAAUGAACAGAAGGAACAUGUAGCUGCUUAUAAAGAGAUGCUUAAAAGAGAAAGGGACAAUCUAAAAACUGUAUUUUAUGAUACAGUAAAGAAAAGAGGAGAAAUGGAAAAACAAUGGAAUCAAAGGAUUAAAUCACAAAAACAGACAGUAAUUAAUCUUGAAACAAUGCUGGAAAAGCAAAAACAGGAUCUGGACAUAGAGAAAGAAAAGAUAGUCAAAGAUAAACUGGACCUGGAGUUAAUAAGGUACGACCUGCAUAAAGAAACUGAAGCAUUAGAACAAGAUAAACAACAUAUUAAAGAGCAAAGACAAAACAUGGAAAGCAAAAUGGUGGAAUUACAAAGGAAGAUAGAAGAAACCAACAAUCUCUUUGAUGCAAAUAACAGAGAAAAAUCCAAAAUUAAAGAUCUUAACUUUCGCCUCAAAACUCAAGGAAAUAAACUGAAGGAUCUCAUGAAUGCCUUGGCUUUACGGGUACAACAACAACAAGGCAAGGGCCAAGAAAUGUACACUCAAGCACAAAAUCUAGAGCUAAUCAAAGAGAUGUUAAAGAAAAAAACAGAAGAGCUGAAGAAUUUGAUGAAAACUGCUAACGAGAUGAAAGAAAAGGUUCAAGCUUCCCUUAGCAAUAUCCAGACUGACAAAGAAAUCAUGAUUUCCAUCAAGAAAGACAUUGAGAAAGACAGAGCAACACUGUCAACUGAACAGGAUUGCUUUGAAAGAGAGUUGAGAGAGUUCAAAAUGAGACAAGAUCAACCUCUGAUUGAAAUGAAGUCAACAGCAAACUUUAGACAAAUGUGUCAAGAAGUUAAAGAAAAAGUGUGUGAGUACACCAAAGUUAGAAUGGGAAAAUUACAAAAGGGUCAUGAAGAUGCACAGCUGCUGGGUUUGUCACUGGAGAAAAAACUAUCAACUGUUGGUGAACAGAUGACAAAAAUAUUGCAUUAUAAAGAAAUAUUGGAAAAGGAAAAGAUCAAUCUGACAUCCUUCAUUUCCUCUAUGGGUAAUCAAAGAGAAAUUAUGGAACAACAGUGGAAGCAAAUGGUUGCCUUGGAUAAAAAGGAUCUAAAGAAAAUGAAGGCAGACUUAGAUGAGGACAGACAGAGUCUGGAAAGAGUAACUGACCAAAUAGACCAAGAUAAAGCUAGCUUAGAACUGAUGAUGUCUGACAUAGAGAAACAACAGAAAAUGUUACAAAUACAGAAUAAUAAUUUGGAAGAAGAAAGGAAGAGGAUAAACAUGACAAAGACUGAACUAGCCCAAAAGGAAGAGGACGCUAACAGCUGUUUGGCCGAGAUCAACAAAGAGAAAAUCAAACUGAAAAAUGUGUCUGUUUCAGUCCAAAGACAAUAUAUAAAACUUCAAGAUAUGAUCAACAUCACUGCCCUAAAACAGCAAGAAAAACAGCUACAGCAAAGCACUAAAGGUGUGGAAAAACUCUAUAUUGAUUUGGGACUAAAGCUUGUUGGCCUUAAUGAACAGAAGGAACAUGUAGCUGCUUAUAAAGAGAUGGUUAAAAGAGAAAGGGACAAUCUAAAAACUGUAUUUUAUGAUACAGUAAAGCAAAGAGGAGAAAUGGAAAAACAAUGGAAUCAAAGGAUUAAAUCACAAAAACAGACAGUAAUUAAUCUUGAAACAAUGCUGGAAAAGCAAAAACAGGAUCUGGACAUAGAGAAAGAAAAGAUAGUCAAAGAUAAACUGGACCUGGAGUUAAUAAGGUACGACCUGCAUAAAGAAACUGAAGCAUUAGAACAAGAUAAACAACAUAUUAAAGAGCAAAGACAAAACAUGGAAAGCAAAAUGGUGGAAUUACAAAGGAAGAUAGAAGAAACCAACAAUCUCUUUGAUGCAAAUAACAGAGAAAAAUCCAAAAUUAAAGAUCUUAACUUUCGCCUCAAAACUCAAGGAAAUAAACUGAAGGAUCUCAUGAAUGCCUUGGCUUUACGGGUACAACAACAACAUGGCAAGGGCCAAGAAAUGUACACUCAAGCACAAAAUCUAGAGCUAAUCAAAGAGAUGUUAAAGAAAAAAACAGAAGAGCUGAAGAAUUUGAUGAAAACUGCUAACGAGAUGAAAGAAAAGGUUCAAGCUUCCCUUAGCAAUAUCCAGACUGACAAAGAAAUCAUGAUUUCCAUCAAGAAAGACAUUGAGAAAGACAGAGCAACACUGUCAACUGAACAGGAUUGCUUUGAAAGAGAGUUGAGAGAGUUCAAAAUGAGACAAGAUCAACCUCUGAUUGAAAUGAAGUCAACAGCAAACUUUAGACAAAUGUGUCAAGAAGUUAAAGAAAAAGUGUGUGAGUACACCAAAGUUAGAAUGGGAAAAUUACAAAAGGGUCAUGAAGAUGCACAGCUGCUGGGUUUGUCACUGGAGAAAAAACUAUCAACUGUUGGUGAACAGAUGACAAAAAUAUUGCAUUAUAAAGAAAUAUUGGAAAAGGAAAAGAUUAAUCUGACAUCCUUCAUUUCCUCUAUGGGUAAUCAAAGAGAAAUGAUGGAGCAACAGUGGAAGCAAAUGGUUGACUUGGAUAAAAAGGAUGUAAUUAAAAUGAAGGCAGAAUUAGAUGAGGACAGACAGAGUCUGGAGAUAGGAGUUGAUUUUGCAACACAGACAGAAGAAAUUACAAAUUUUGAGAAAGGCAGCUCAUUGCCUUUCUCAAAAACCAUAGGAGAUGAUUUUGCAACGAAGACAGAAGAAAUUAGAAAUUUUGAGAAAGGCAGCUCACUGCAAGAUGUUUGGAAUAACACCAGAAUGGAACAUAAGGAGAUUAAUCUGAUGAAACACAGGAUUCUGAAUAUUAGACAUAACCUUGAUAAAAGGUUAAAAGACAGGGUUACAUUUUAUAAAAGAAAUAUAUCUGUAAAAGCAAAAACACUCAUAGACAAUUUAUCACCAGAAAUGGGUACAGAACCUGUAACUCAGAGUCACUGGGAGAGCAAAACCUCCAUGACCUCUAAGGAAUAUUUAGAGCCUCAACAAAUGAAGCCACCAAUGCAGAGUCAUAUUGAAGGACUUCAAUUUAAAGUAAAUAUGGAUCUUGUCUCACACGGCAAAGAUGAUCAAACUCCUCACAAGGAAGUCAUUCAAGGAGAUGUGCAUGGAGUACAAGCUUACUCUCAAGCAAAUGAUAGAGAAAAUCAAGCAAUUCCAGAUAAUUCAGGCAGAUUCCUUGGUAUGAUUCAACAUUACUGCUGUCGCUGUUGCUGCCAUUGUUGCGCAUGUCGAAAGCAAGUGUGCCCAAAGAGAAAUGGAAAUAUGUCUAUUUAAAGUGUUUGUGUGUGUGUGUGUGUGUGUGUGUGUGUGUAUUCUAAGUUAUCAUUUAUGACAGGCCAGUUUUUUCUUCUUUUUUUUUUUUGUUGAAAUGCAAAGGUAAUUAUUUAUAUCCAAAACUGAAACCGUGGCUGUUAGAAAUAUUUUAUUUAUACUCCGUUUGUGUUUCUUGGGUUGUGUUCUAAUGAACUAUUAUGAUGUAUAAUGUGUAAUUCAUCUUUUAUUAACUCUUGCUUAAGAUUGUUCCAGACGGGUUGUGAAAGAGGCCUGAACAUCCUCUAUCACAUGCUGGGUUGUAAAAGAGACCUGAACAGCCUCUAUUACAUGUUUCCUCUAAACAUGUGUUCUUGGAACAACUCAAUUGUAAAACAACCACAUGCUUUGUUUUAACAUAUGUGCUGAGGUUUAAAGUAAGAUAAUUUUGUUUCCCUUUCCCUUA